AUGAAUAUUUUUACUCUUAAUUUCAAAGUAUCCACUUUAGAAAAAGAUUUUAGAGAUUCAAAACAAUGCCUUUUCAGCAUGAUUCUGAAACAUUAAAAAUGGAUUUUUGGAUUGAUUAAUAUUAUAUCAAUAGUUAGCAGUCUUGUUUCUAAGAAUUGGGUUAUAGCAUCUAUAAACAUGUGUACAUUAAUUGUUAUAUUGAUGUCAAUUAAAUUUAAGCAAAAAUAUCCCUACAUCUAUGAGGUGGUAAUUAUACUAUUUUUGUUAAUAUAUAAUACAUACCUUGCAAUGGAGAAAUAUAUAAAUUAGAUUGAUACACAUUAUACUGAAGGUUUCUUUGUUUCUUUAUCAUGCGUAAGGUAUUAUAUAAUUCAUAAUUUAUAGUUCAUUAGCUCUGUUAAGUUUUGUAGAGAGAACAGCUAUGAUAAUUAUAAUCGUAAUUUUACAUUUAAUAUUUGGUAUUGAUCAUGAUAAAUUAUUUUUGGACACUUAUUUUAGAUAUUUGAUGUAUGCCUUAUUUUUCUUAUAAUUCACAUAUCAUUUUGAGAAAUUAAUGAGAAUUUAAUUCAUUGAGUUCAAAAAAUUAUAACAACAACUAAACUAAAUUACUAAAUUUUAUGAUAUUUAAAGCUAUUAUAUAUAAUAUGAUGAAAGGAAAUCUUUAAUCUUAAUUCAAAAAAAUAAUAAAACCAAUAUAAAAAAAGAAGAUUAAGAUCAAUUCAAUAAAUUAGCAUCUUAAAUGCAUUUAUCAAUUAAAAGUUAUAAGAGUCGAAUUACUGAGGUAAUCAAUAUGGAUAAUGCUUUUUCACCAAAUCGUUAAACUUUAAAGUAACUUUUAUUAAAAACUGCGAAACAAUAAAAUGAUCAUUAUGAUACUCCAUUGAGGACUAAAAAUGAAUCUUUUUCAUAUGGAUUCUAUAAAUAAUAAGUGUUCACGCUUUGUGUCUAUUUAUGUUUUGAUUUUUAACCUUUAAUGAUAAUUUUAAUGAAAGAAAGCAAAUCAGAAACUCAAGAAGAAGAACUUAAGUUAAGAAUGCGAAAUAACCAAAAACAAUUUAAUUAUUUAUAAAAAAUCUUUGAUUCAUAAAUUAAAAAAUCUAUUAUCUAUUUCAAAUGGAUUAAGAAUUAUGCUGAUAAACAAACAGAUAUUAAAGCUAUAAAUUCAGUUUUAAGAACUAUAAAUAAUUGUUUGAUUAAAGGUUACACUGAUUUUCUAAAUUUGGAAAAUUUCAAUUAAAUUUACACUAUCUCACCAAGACUUAAUUCAUUUGAUAUUUAAAUACUAUUAAAGGAUUUAAUAAGUAUUUGUAAUGGAUAUUUUAGAUCAUAAAGCGAUUCUUUAGCUAAUGUAUUUUUUUAUGAAAUAAAAAAUAACUUAAGCAGCAAUUUAAUUGUAUCAGAUUUCAAAUAUGUAAAAUUAUUAUUUUUAAAUCUACUAUUUUAUACAUCUUAAUCUUCUUAAACAGUGAUUAUUGAAUUAGAGGAAAUUAAAUCAAAAUUGCUUAAAUAACCAAUAAUAAAAAUAAGAAUUGUAUAUCAACAUCCUUAUAAAAUAUAAUAAUAAUUAUAGAAUCUACCAAUACUGAACCCAUAAUCAUUGGCAGACUUAAAAUAUAAUAGUUAAGUUCCUUUAGAUUUAUAAUUAUCAGUUUCAUUGAUGUUAAUAAGAAGGUUGGGUCCAUUUGAUAAACUUAAGAUUAUUGAGUAAAAUGAAAGAUCAAAUUAUCUUGAAUUUUAUUUGUUCAAAUAGCUUACAGAGGAUUUUCUGUUGAUGCCUAUUGUUUCAUUAAAACCAUCUGAUAAGAUUAUAACACAAUAAGAUUCACUAUUAAUGAAAUCUUUUUCAACAGAAUUGCGUUUGGAUUCCGUUUAAAAUAGCAUUUUACUUUAAUGA